AUGUCGAGAGGGGGCCGUGGCGGAUUCGGAGGAGGAAGAGGUGGGGGCCGGGGAGGGUUCAAUAACAGCAAUCCACCACCUAUGGGCCUCACGUUCGCGGAUAUCCAGGGGAUGUCGAAGGAGCCUUCGGCGCUGUAUCCUCCUAUGGAUCCCCUCCCGAGCCUGACUGAAUACACCGAAACCGAAAAGCGAAUAUGCGAGCUCCAGCUUGGUUUCGCAGCGCGGAUGCGCAAGUCGGCCUAUUGGGUCGUCGAGCAGACCAAGUCGACCGAGCUGCCGCGGUAUUCUGACAAGUACCGCCCCUCGACCGAUCGACCACCGGCACUAAAACGAAAAGACCUCCACCAACCUUUCUUCCCCACUGAAGUCUUCGAAGAUUACUUCAAUCCGCGGAAGAAGAGGAAGGUCACUGCAAAACGCAGCACGGGUCCUCGAACGAAGCUCGAAGAGCUCGAAGACGACGGGGACGAUCCUGACAAGGACAACGAAGGAUCUGACCAGGGGUCUCAUAUCGACGACGAAGACUACGACGUUGACGAGGAGUACGAUAAUGAUUAUGCCGAGAACUACUUCGACAACGGCGAGGGGGACGAUAUGGACGACUUAGGUGGCGGUGGUGGGGACGAGGGAGGAGGAGGCUUUGCGGACUACGACUAG